UUUCUCCUCCAUCUCAAUUUCUUCGAUUCACUUCCAUACCAAGAAACACAAAAACAAAAUCAAAGAGAAAAAAAGAGAAUAAAAGGAAAAAACCCAGUUCGUUCACACUUCUGUUGGAUCAUUUUCAUGGAAAUUAGCCCCGUCCUAUCGUUUCUUAACCAGGAAGACUUUUCUCACUUCUUCAGCUCGUUCCCAGAUAUGGACGACGACUCUUUUGAUGUGAAUUUGAACGACGGAAACGACUCAAGAAAGCGGCGAAGAAAGGACGAAGAGCAAGAAUACGAGAUUAACAAGAAUCUCGACCAACAUUACUCCCAAUUGAACGAUUUGGAUCAGUCCCUAACCAAACGAGCUCGCCGAUCGACCUCUACCGCCGUGGUCCUCGCCGCGGCAACGGCGGAGAGUAAUACGGUGCCGUCGAGCUCGGGGAAUGGGGCACCGGUCGGGCACCAGCGACGGCUGUGGGUGAAGGACCGGUCGAAGGACUGGUGGGACCAGCACAACCACCCGGACUUUCCCGAGGAGGAGUUCAAGAGGGAGUUCAGGAUGAGCAAAGCGACCUUCGAGAUGAUCUGCAAUGAGCUCGACUCAUCUGUAAUGAAGAAGAACACGAUGCUUCGGGAGGCGAUUCCGGUUCGCCAGAGAGUCGCGGUCUGCAUUUGGAGGUUGGCCACCGGCGAGCCUCUCCGCCUCGUCUCGAAGCGUUUCGGGCUUGGGAUUUCGACCUGCCACAAGCUCGUCUUGGAGGUCUGCUCGGCGAUCAGAACAGUUCUGAUGCCGAAAUUCCUCCAAUGGCCCGACGAGCAGAGGAUGAAGACGAUCAAGGAGGAGUUCGAAUCAAUCUCCGGGAUCAAGAACGUCGCCGGGGCAAUGUACACCACCCACGUCCCGAUCAUCGCGCCGAAGAUAAGCGUGGCGGCGUAUUUCAACAAGAGACACACCGAGAGGAACCAGAAAACCUCGUACUCGAUCACGGUCCAAGGCGUCGUCGAUCCCAAAGGAGUUUUCACCGACGUCUGUAUCGGGUGGCCCGGCUCAAUGCCGGAUGAUCAAGUGCUCGAAAAGUCGGCGCUUUUCCAGCGGGCGAGUCGCGGGCUUCUGAGGGAUGUUUGGAUCGUGGGAAACUCUGGAUUUCCGCUUCUCGACUGGGUUUUGGUCCCGUACACAAGGCAGAAUCUGACUUGGGCGCAACACGCUUUCAAUGAGAAGGUUGGGGAGGUCCAAAACGUGGCUAAGGAGGCUUUCGCUAAGCUUAAAGGAAGGUGGUCGUGUUUGCAGAAGAGGACUGAGGUUAAGCUUCAGGACUUGCCUGUGGUUCUUGGGGCUUGCUGUGUUUUGCACAACAUUUGUGAGAUGAGGAAUGAGGAGAUUGAUCCGACGGCCAAGUUUGAGCUUUUUGAUGAUGAGAUGGUGGCUGAGAAUAGCUUAAGGUCUGCCACCUCUGUGCAGAAGAGAGAUCAGAUUGCGCAUAACUUGUUGCACCAUGGCCUUGCUGGCACUUCUUUUCUAUCUUGAUGAUUGCUUAUUACUUGUUAGUUAAAGGAAAGUUUUUUUUUUCCCUUUUAGCUAUAAUUCUUUUGGGUUAUAGAUACAGAAUAAGAGUAAGAUUCAAUUUUUUUGUAGGUUGGUUUGAGUUUCUUCUGUACAAGAUUGUAUUUGAUUCUAGCAAUUAGCAAUUGUAAGAAUGAAAUGUAUACUUUUUUA